CUCGCAGCUCGGCGCUCGCAACUCUCUCGCCUUCCUUCACCGCCGCCUCCGCACCUCCGCACAAGCGACCAUGAGGACCGUGGUGCUCUCCGUCCUGAUGCUGGCGGCGCUGGCGUCUGCGUGGGACGACUACGGCUCCUGGCGGCGGGAGCUCGCCAAGCGCGGCGCCGAGUGGUCCGACGACGGCGGGGACGACGAGGGCGACUACGGCGGCGGCGGUCACCAGGAGGUGAAGAUCGUGAGGAUCCCGGUACCGCACGCGGUCCCGGUCCCCGUGCCGCACCAGGUGCCCAUCGCCGUGCCGCAGCCGUACCCGGUGCACGUGCGCGUGCUCGAGCAGGUCGAGGUGCCCGUCGUGAAGACGGUCGAGGUCCCGGUGGAGCGGCACGUGCCGGUGCGCGUGGAGAAGCCCGUGCCCUACCCGGUGGAGAAGCCCGUGCCCAUACACAUCGAGAAGCACGUGCCGGUGCCCGUGUACAAGCCGUACCCGGUCAAGGUGCCCGUCGUCAAGUACAUCCACCACUACAUCACGGCCAAGCACCACGGCGGCUACCACCACCACUGAGGCGCGCCCCGCCGGCCAGCCAGUUGCCGCCUGAACAUCGACGGAGAACACCUUAAACCGACCUCAUUGUUGUCGCCAUCAUCCACCAAUCACAUCACUUCUCACCGUCACGAUUGUUACUGUUGCUUUAUAUUAUAGUUAACUGUUGUUUAUACUGUUGUUUAUGCUGUUGUUUUAUUUGUGAAGUGAGCUCGCGUCUCACUGAUGUGUGUGCUUACGUUUUGUAAAUAAAUACCAACUUUUAAUC